AGAAGUCCAGCCUGUCUGACUGUGGCCAUUUUCUUCAAUCAUAAUUUGAUUUGUGGACUCUGAAGCCUGAGAGAGGAGGGGGAGAGGAGCACCCGUCCCUUCAACCCCCACCUCCCGUUUGCUUGAGCCAUAGGGAAAGGUUUUACACACACACACACACACAACCACACACACGGACGAAAAGCAGCACACCGGGCUAGGCCGCAAGUCAUUAGUUCUUGGUGGGCAAGUACUGACAAAAGGCUGGGGGAGAGAAGCCUGCCUGAGAGCCUGGAGAGCACCACAGGACCUAUGGAGGGCUGAGCAGACGGACGCUCGCCUGCUUCCUUGAUUGUGUUGUUGUUUUUGUUUUGGGAAGGAAGCGACGCGGAGUGCUCAACGAGCGGGGAAGCGAGAGCGAUCACUCGUGUUGAGGAUCUACUUGUGCAUUUUAAAAAGGCGAGAGCAGCAGGUCCACGUCGCCUCGUCUGCUGCCGCUGCCCUGAAGAGGAAGAGAAAGAAGAAGAGGAAGAGGAAGAACCCCACCACCACCACCACCACACGAAAGCGAUGUUGUUGUUGCGUGGACUCGUGUGUGCGUGAUGUCUUCAUUGCGGGUCACAACGCUGCCGCGGGCGGGAUUUACGGCCGAAGAGGAGCGCUGUGUCCGCCUCGCUGGAUGGAAGGCAGCUCUAGAGCCAGAGCCGGUUGAUUCUCCAGAGCCACGCCGAGGUACGCGCCACGGCUUCAUUCAGCGGCAUCGAGAGGGGAAUUAAUCGGCAGACAGCCGCGUUAUAGGAGCGAGGACGGGUUGAGCGUGAGGGCUUUAAGAGCGGCGGCCGAAGCCUCUCCAGGCAUGUGCUGAGGGAGCUACACAGAGGUCCUUUUUCAGCCAUUGCUGUUGCUACAGAGACUCAGUGCGCGCGCGUGUGUGUGAGAGGGGAGAUUGUCACCUCAUGUCAUUAGCUGGCCAUUCUCUGCUGCCCUCGUUUGGGGGGGAUGUGUGCUGCACGUGUUUGACUCGGUGUUUCCUGUGAAAGGUUCCCCGGCUGGCGCGUGACACCGUCCGCCGGCUCGUGGUCGCGCAGCUGCUCUUCAGCGGGGCGAGACGCACCGGGCAGCGGAGGAGAAGAAGGGAUCACAACCCACAGGCAUGCCACACUAAAAGUUGCCACACUGCAGACUGGUUCCAGGUCAUAGUGGAGUGGGAGGAGACUGGACGGCUCUGGUGUUUUCUUAUUCUCCAAACACCCUCCUCCUAAAUGCUGUCGCCUAUUUAAUGUGUCAUGGACGCCGGCUGUAUUUAGCUUGAGGACUUAUUUUAUUUGAAAAGCGCCUGCUCAAAAAGACUUGACACAUGAGAGCACGGGUGAGCAGACACUACUGAUCAUCUCCAGGUGAGGGCGAACACACGCUGGACUUUUUCAAAUUGAUGUUACCUUGACAGCAGCCAGACAUCUUGGCUGCCUGUCCCGUUUUCUUCCGCCGUGGUUCGGUAACCAAGCGAUGGCCAUGGUGAGUGGGGGCUGGGGAGAUCCUAAUGGGGGCACCAACGGGCUGGGGGACAAGAGCUACCUGAGGGGGGAGGAGGAAGACGGCUCUCCCCAGGCGGGAGGGAGCGACAUGGAGGCCGGAGACGAGGACAAGUCGUGCGUGGUGGACUGCGUGGUGUGCGGGGACAAGUCCAGCGGGAAGCAUUACGGCGUCUUCACGUGCGAGGGCUGCAAGAGCUUCUUCAAGCGCAGCGUCAGGCGCAACCUCAGCUACACUUGCAGGACGAACAGAGAGUGUCAGAUUGACCAGCACCACAGGAACCAGUGCCAGUACUGUCGACUGAAGAAGUGUUUCCGUGUUGGCAUGCGCAAAGAAGUUCAACGCGGUCGCAUCCCACCUCAGCCGAGCCUCAGCCCCUCCAUCACACCAAUAGGUGGCGCCAGCGGCCUUGGGGGUGGCGACUUCUAUAACAACAAUGGAGGAAGUGGCGGCGGUCAGCCGGUGUCGGAGCUCAUUUCCCAGCUGCUGCGUGCCGAGCCGUACCCCAGCAGUCGGUUUGGACACCAGUACAACCAACAGGCCGGUCCAGAUAACGCCAUGGGGAUUGAUAACAUCUGUGAACUGGCUGCCAGGCUCCUCUUCAGCACCGUGGAGUGGGCCAGAAGCAUCCCUUAUUUCCCCGAGCUGCCCGUGUCAGACCAGGUCGCCCUGCUGAGGCUGAGCUGGAGCGAGCUGUUCAUCCUCAACGCGGCCCAGUCGGCCCUGCCACUCCACAUGGCUCCCUUGUUGGCCGCGGCCGGCUUCCACUCCUCGCCCAUGUCUGCUGAGCGCGUGGUGUCCUUCAUGGACCAGGUGAGGGUGUUCCAGGACCAGGUGGACAAGCUGACCCGGCUGCAGGUGGACUCUGCAGAGUACAGCUGUCUCAAGGCCAUCGCGCUCUUCUCACCAGACGCCUGUGGUCUAACGGACCCAGUCCACGUGGAGUCUCUGCAGGAGAAGGCUCAGGUGGCUCUGACGGAGUACGAGAGGAUGCAGUACCCGAGUCAGCCUCAGCGAUUCGGACGCCUGCUGCUGCGCCUCCCCGCCCUGCGCGCCGUUCCCGCCAGCCUCAUCUCGCAGCUCUUUUUCAUGCGCCUGGUAGGAAAGACACCCAUCGAGACGCUGAUCCGUGACAUGCAGCUCUCCGGAAGCUCAAUCAGUUGGCCGUAUGUCCCGGGACAGUAGCCCCCCCCCCCCCCGUUUGGGAUUAGUGACGACAAUGACCCACAGGAGACCUCCUGACUCAUCACUAUCCAUCUGCGUGGUUAACAAACUGCAGUGCCAGCUGGCCGUCAUACGUACAGUAACCGCUCUAUUCCCUCAUGAAGCGAGCCCUCUGCCUCAGUGAAGAGAGGAGCCGGUGUCAGGCUGCAUGUGUCUUGUUGCCAGCCGAGUCGUUCUGGUGCCAGGUCUCCGGCCAGAGAACAGCUGUUCAUGCUGGGCUCCGAUAUGGCCACCGCGGCCAGUCAUGUCACCACCCACGUGCCAUAGUGACUAAAGACGCUGCCGUUUCAUGUAGAGGGCAGCAGCACCCUGCUACAAAAACAUCUAGAGGACAAAACGGUCCCGUCGCUGAAAAUCAACUGAACAUUUUCCCCACAGAGGGCUCAUUUUCCCCGGCUCACCAUUUGUGAUACAGUGACCUUUUUAAUCACAACACUGAUACUAUGACACUACGGUACCAUGAUUAAACUGGAUCUAAGUGAACAUUGGUGAACUGGAUAGACGACAAAGUGACGGCUUCAUUGAGUUCAGCGCUCUCUCGGCUCGGCACCGAGGAAGAAGCCAAGCAGCCAAUCAAAUGGAACCGAACGAAAACAAAACCAAGGAAAAAUCACCAAAGUCUAUCAUAUCAUCCUCUGAGAUGUUUUUUUUAAUUGAAUGAUAAGCAGAGAGAGAAAGAGAGACACGGACUCUUGUGACUGCCUGACCAUCACACAGGGCUCACUGUUGUUCCCUGAGAGUGGAGUAAUACCUCAGGAGACAUCAGAAUGCUUCAGUCUGAUAUUUCCGAAACACAAACCUCUGUAAAUGUCGUUCGCCAGAAACCGCCUUCUUUUUGACAACUGCCUUGUUAUUCAUUAUGAAUUUGGACCGCAUCAAAUAUGAAAUGAGCAUCACAAACAUCCGUUUAGUAUCUUUUUAAAAAAGAUCCCCAAAGUGACUUUCACUCCUGUGUUUGUAAUAUGAGUUUUGACUGACUGAAUAAGGUAAAUUCAGCUAUCAUGCAUUGUUUGGAUCUAGUAAAAAAAAAAAAGAUAUUGUUGGGGAAACGGCAGGCUGUCGUGAACUAAACAAACAAAUUGAGAUGUAUGAAUUAGUUACAGUUGGUGGUGAGAGUUUAUAACCGACGCAACUAAAUACCAGUUUACGGCGACCAUUGCUGUCUCGGGGUCAUAACCCCUUAACAUUUUUAUUGAAAUGUGUAAAUAUUGAGGCCAACUUUGUCUUUUUGCAUGUUCAAUUGUUGUUUUGGAUCUCCAAGUGGAGACUGUUUCAUUCUUUUGCAUUAUGUAACUCGAGGUUCAUUUAAACAUUUAAGUAUUGCUUUCACUGUUGACUCCUAAAUGUUUUUUUUCUAUAUAUUUACAUAAAAAUACCUCCGUCAUCUGUUUAGAUGUCAAAAAAGAAGCUUAUCUUCAUGCCAUGUGAGCUGGUAUGACAGAGUCUCUACUGUUGUGAAUGAUGUGAGGGGAAACUGUAAUGGGGCGAAACCUGGUGGAAAACUGCACUUGGAGGCAUUCAAUGACAAAGCAUUACACUAUCUGUGAAAGUUAAAAGGAGAUGGGCCCUGAUUUGAUGGUUCACCAGGACUUCAAGAGGUGAGUUUACAAAAUCACAAGUAAAAUAUUAUUCAGAAAGAACGAAAUUGACUCCAAGUACAACAUAUUAGCAUUUAGUGUUUUCAAACACGAAGUGGAAGGAUGUAACGCCGCUUCAUGAUCUGCCGCCGGGCCUUUCGGACGUUGUUUGGAUAAUUCUUCUUUUAGGCAACAACUCACAAAACUUUGUCAUUGAGAGAAAAAAAAAAGAAGAAUAUGCUAUUAAUGUUUUCUUAUCUUUGUGUUACUGAGUUCUUACGUUUUUGAAAUUCUAUGUAUGGCAACGUUAUUAAAAGAAUCAAAAGAUGA